AAUGAAGCAAUUUUUUUAAUAAAUUUUGUCAAAAACCCGCAAUUGCCCACCCUUCCUUUCAGUAGCGGUAGUCACUUUCGUCAUCGGCACCCUCGCCACGAAUUUAUCUGACCAUUCUCUCCGCAACGCUACGAACGCUAGACGCAGCCUCUCUUCCAUCCUCUCCUCACGCCGAACGCCAGCCGCCAAGGAUUUCUUAAUCACUCAAUGGGUGAAUCAUUUACUAUUCAAAUCAGCACGGACCUUGUCCGCCGACUCACUAACACUGACGCGAAGCCAAAAAAAUCCAGGGAAGCCAAACCCAAGGCUUCCCAGGACCAACUUCAGCCUCUUGGCAAGAAAAAACUGGCUCCAAAUGCUGAGAAAAGCAGCUCCCCAGCAAUGUGGCAUCAGCAGGCACCUAUUUAUCUUCCAGUUCCAGUAAGCCCUUCCUUACCCUCCCCUGCCACUGCAGAGUUGGAAGCUAUCAAGUCUGUACUCCAAGAGAGUGAAAAGGUUGUGGAGAAGCUAGAGAAGCAAGAAAUUAACAUGGUUGAAGAGCUAACUCAGAGGGCAAAGGAACUUCGUGAGAAGGAGUUUAAGCUACCUUACCAGAAACCUAUGCCCUGUUUGAACGAGAGAGAGGAUUGCCUGCAAUGCUACAAGGAAAAUCUCAAGGAUCCUUUAAAGUGCGCAUCUGCAGUUAAAAAGUUUGCUGACUGUGCUCUCCAGGCUCGGCGGGAAGCUGGCUAAGUAGGCUUUGAGAGCCUUAAGAGCCUCAUAUGUUUUUGGGAGUUGCAAGAAACGUCAAACACUAUUUGGAGUAAGUCAAUUAUGAUUUGUGCGUAAGGUUCUUAUCAUGUUAGUUUUGCUUCCAUACAUUAUUUAGUUAUCACUAAUUUGGCUUACAGGAAGGUUUAUUUAUCCCACGGCGUAGCUAUCAUGAUGAGAUCAUUUAUCAUUUGGAAUGAAUUACGUAAAAUCUUUUUGUCAUAUAUCAUACUUCCAUAAAUUGAAGUCAUUCUUAUCGUGAUAUAGUGAAAUGAGGAGACAUUGUUUAAAAUAUUUCAACAUCAGUAUAUUAUGCAUGAUGCACAUUAACACUGUAAUUAUACAGAUUAUGGGUGCGUAAAUGAUCAGUCUAUAACUGAUAAUCAGUAUGCAAUGUUAUAAUGAAAUGAUGAAAAUUUUGGAUGGGGGUGUUAUGAUUGGAGCUAUAGAUAU